AUUUGCUUACAAUUUUUCCAGGAAGUUGGGGGAUCUCCUUUGUUCAAGUGCUCGCAAGCGCAGAAGGAAGUUCCUAGAAAAUGAGGAAGUGAACAACCAGACUUCUCUGAUCCCAGUAAAUCACAUGAGCUGCACGGAAGGGUAUUUAUGGAAGGGUGAGAAUGCUGAUUAUUACUCCUUCUGGACUGACACAGAACCAACGCUCAGACAAACCGAAAAUGCUACUAUGGCUGUUUGCAAGCCUCUGGUAUCACUUCUCCAGCUCAGCGGCUAUCUCGUGCUAUGGAGACAGUGGCAAUGCUGUGGACUGGUUUAUUGUUUACAAAUUGCCUAAGAUGGUGGACUCUGGUUCUGAGGCCGGCAUGACGUAUAUGUACCAAGAUGGCAGCAGUGAAGGCUGGGUAUCAGGGAAAUCUCUAAUGAACAACACAGACAGUGCCGUAGGAAGAACACUCAGUCAGAUCUACGGAGACAGCCCACCCAAGGAUGUGGCUUAUAUCCUGUAUAACGACCAGCCUCCACCCAGUAACGACUGGUCCAACCAUAUCCGUGGCCACACCAAAGGUGUGGUCCUUCUAGAUAAAACUCAGGGAUUUUGGCUGGUGCACAGUACUCCCCACUUCCCUCCUCAUGUUGACGAAAAAUAUAGUUGGCCUCAGAGUGGACUUCACAAUGGCCAGUCCUUCCUCUGUGUUACUUAUCCAUAUGAUCAGUUCAAAGACAUUGGCACACAGCUCCUGUACAAUACCAUUUCACCAUAUAGUUACAACAUCCCUGAUUCCUUUUCUGGUGACCUCCCAGACCUGGAAGCAGCAGCUCAGAAGAAACAGGUGGACAAUCCACCGUGGAACCGUGAAGUAGAAUUGACCUCUGUUGGUAAAAAGAAAUUUACCAGUUUCUCCAAGAAUGGGAACUUUGGAGACGAUCUUUAUUCUGGAUGGAUAUCAACGGUGUUGAAGUCAGAUUUGUAUGUAGAGUUCUGGCAGAAUUCCCAAGGAGUCCUCCAGUCUAACUGCUCUCAGACCUAUCACACGUAUGACAUCCUUUCAAUCAGCUUCUCUGAAAAACUCUCCUUCUCAACCCAUGUUGACCACUCUAAGUGGUGUGUGUCGGGCUCCAUGUCUCCUGGCUGGACUUGCAUUGGAGAUAUGAAUCGCAACCAUGGAGAAGAGGAGAGAGGUGGAGGCACAGUCUGCUUCAUGGACACUAAUGUGUGGAAAUCCUUCAAUUCUCUAGUGAAAGACUUUAUGCAGUGUAGUUAA